UUCCGCGCAAAACUUCGAGUCUGUCCACGUGAAGUUGUCGCUCCCCUUUCGGAGGGGGACAGAGCUUUGGGAAACGCUGGGGAGUGACGGCUGCGGUGGCUGGGCGCGCCUGGUCUUUUUCUUUUCUUCUACUUUUUCCCCCCCUUGUCGUCAGUCCAGAGUUUUGGCUCCUCUCCUUCCCUCCUCCCCCUCAGAGCCGGCUGGUCCCCCGCCCCGUCUCUCCCCCACUUGUGUACGCUAUUUGUUGGAGGGGGGUGACCGAAGGGGAUGUCCUGUUUUCAGCAGAGGCACAGCGCGAAGGGGAAACUUCGACAUUGGAAAGAACGACAAUAAAUACCUAAAUACGGACCCACCCACGGAUCCGCUGCUGGGACAGGCACUUGAACUUCAGGAUCCCGAGGCGAUCAGGGCGGCAGGAGAUAGUCCAUUUUUAAUCGAAGGAGGCUGCUUCUACUUGGGGUGGCAGGAGACGUGAGAAAACCCCAUGGAAGACUCCCAGGACUUAAAUGAACAAUCAGUAAAGAAAACCUGCACAGAAUCAGAUGUUUCAGAACCUCAGAAUUCCAGGUCUAUGGAAAUGCAGGACCUAGCAAGUCCUCAUCCUCUUGUUGGAGGUGGUGAUGCCCCUGGUAGCUCUAAACUGGAGAAAGCGAAUCUCAGUAGCACAUCAGUCACCACAAAUGGGACAGGAGUAAUAACAAGUAGUGGCUACAGUCCCAGAUCAGCACAUCAAUAUUCCCCACAGCUCUAUCCUUCCAAGCCCUAUCCACACAUUCUUUCUACACCAGCAGCUCAAACAAUGUCUGCCUAUGCAGGCCAGACUCAGUAUUCGGGAAUGCAGCAGCCAGCGGUCUACACAGCCUACUCACAGACAGGACAGCCCUACAGCCUGCCCACUUACGAUUUGGGUGUGAUGUUGCCAGGCAUCAAGACAGAGAGUGGACUUCCACAAACUCAGUCUCCAUUACAGAGUGGGUGCCUCAGUUACAGCCCAGGGUUCUCCACCCCACAGCCAGGCCAGACACCUUAUUCUUACCAGAUGCCAGGUUCUGGAUUUGCACCAUCAUCUACUAUUUAUGCAAAUAAUUCAGUUUCUAAUUCAACAAAUUUCAGCGGAUCACAACAGGAUUAUCCAUCCUACACAGCCUUUGGCCAAAACCAGUAUGCACAGUAUUACUCCGCAUCAACGUAUGGAGCAUAUAUGACAUCAAAUAACACAGCUGAUGGCACAUCGUCCUCAACCUCAACCUAUCAGUUGCAGGAAUCUCUCCCAGGACUGACUAGCCAACCAGGUACAGAUCUUCAUCCAGGAGAGUUUGAUACCGUGCAGAGCCCCUCCACACCCAUUAAAGAUCUUGAUGAGAGAACAUGUAGGAGUUCUGGGUCAAAGUCCCGAGGAAGAGGCCGGAAAAAUAACCCCUCCCCACCUCCCGACAGUGACCUGGAGCGUGUGUUUGUCUGGGACUUGGAUGAAACCAUCAUUGUUUUUCAUUCACUGCUCACAGGUUCUUAUGCCCAGAAGUACAACAAGGAUCCUCCCAUGGCUGUAACCCUUGGACUCCGAAUGGAGGAAAUGAUUUUUAAUCUUGCUGAUACACAUUUAUUUUUUAAUGAUUUAGAGGAGUGUGAUCAAGUUCAUAUAGAUGAUGUCUCCUCUGAUGAUAAUGGGCAGGACCUAAGUACCUACAGUUUUGCAACUGAUGGCUUCCAUGCAGCUGCAAGUAGUGCAAACCUUUGUUUGCCAACAGGUGUAAGAGGAGGGGUUGACUGGAUGAGGAAGUUGGCUUUUCGUUACAGAAGAGUAAAAGAAUUAUACAACACCUACAAGAACAAUGUCGGAGGACUGCUUGGCCCUGCCAAGAGAGACGCGUGGCUGCAGCUAAGGGCCGAGAUUGAAGGUUUGACAGACUCCUGGCUAACAAAUGCACUUAAGUCUUUAUCAAUUAUUAGUACUAGGAGUAACUGCGUAAAUGUCUUGGUAACGACAACCCAACUGAUCCCAGCGCUUGCGAAGGUUCUACUCUAUAGUUUAGGAGGUGCUUUCCCCAUUGAGAAUAUUUACAGUGCAACUAAAAUAGGCAAGGAAAGCUGUUUUGAGCGUAUAGUGUCCAGAUUUGGCACUAACAUAACUUAUGUUGUGAUUGGAGAUGGCCGAGAUGAGGAGCAUGCCGCUAACCAGAGAGGUUGCCAGCAUAAAACCUAAAUGCUGGGUUAAAGAGAAGAGCCUCUGGCACCAUGGAGCAGGCCAGUGAGCCGACGUCACAACUUGUCAUGCGACUUUGAGCAUGCUCAGACUAGAACCCUUCCCUUCCCGCUUUAGUAACAGAAGAUCCUCAUCCUUUCUGAUCCGGAAAAAAAAAAAUUAAUCAACCAACAAAAAACAGCCCCUUUGGCAAUAUCCACACUCUAUUUACCUAUAGAAUAUUGUGCCUUUUUGUAAGCCAGUUUGAAAAAUAUUCUGCCACAAAAAAAAAUUUGGGCUACUUUAUGUACAAAUGUGGCAUAUGACUAGGAAAGGUAACCAUCUUGUGUUACACCUGAAAUAUCAAGAUAGAUGGCCUGGGUAUAAUAUUACAGCAUACAAGAUUAAGUCACUAUACCCCUCAAAGGUUUGUAAAUCAAAAUCAGAGGCAAAAAAAAAAUAGAAUCAUGCAGUUUGUGCACAGUAGAUAAUAACUCUCUAAAUUUAUUUUCUUCAUUUUUUGAUGAGCUAAGAUGCAAAAUAGUGUCAACAGCAUGCUCCAGUAUGAAUUAUUUUAAAGCUCAUUUGUUUUUGACAAGCCUAUAUUCUCAGUGAAUAUGGCAUUUAGUAUUUCUUUUAAAAACACACUUAAGCAUCAUGAGCCAAAGUUGCAUUUUGACUCCCUACUAUGGUAGCAUUAUGGAGAUCUCACAGUCAAAGGCAAGGGUUUCUGUUAUGUAUUAGUAAUGUAUUGAU